AUGCUGAAGAAGAAGUCCUUGGCGCCUGCCUUCUUCUGGAACUUCUCCCCUACCACUACUCCAGAAUUAUCUCCCACUUCCUCCGAUAGUGACUCCGACGAGGAUAUGGAAUCCUCUGGCUCCCGACCGGUCAGCUUGGCCGUCUCGGCGGGAGCCUUCUGUCUUAUGCGCCCGACGCUUGAUGAUGUCCUGGCAAACACCGCCCCACCGCCAUAUACUUUAAGUGCCUUCAUGGCCUACCUUUCUCAGAACCAUUGUCUCGAGACUCUCGAAUUCACCCUUGAGGCCAAACGAUACAGGGAAACAUAUACUGCGGUGGUCGAACGACUCGGGGAAACAGCGGUCACUACCGAUUCGCCAGAGAGUCAGCACUUAUUAAUGCUCUGGCAGCGGUUAUUGAUGGCUUACAUCUACCCCGGCGCGCCCCGUGAGAUCAAUCUCUCCAGUGAAGUCCGGGAUCCGCUGUUCGACUACCGAGACGCCUCGAUCCCUCCAGUUCCCGAGACUCUCGAUUCGGCAGUGAAACGCAUUCACGAACUGAUGCAGGAAUCCAUUUUCAUACCCUUUCUCAACAGCCACACUACCUCCCCUUCUGUGUAUCCCUCCGAUCCACCUUUCGCCGCCGAUGAAUCUAUCAAUCUAUCGAGCACUAGUCUGGACGAGCAUCCAAUGAAAAGGGUCCGUUCGCGAGCGAAGCGUGUUUCUCCGCAGUCAUCGAUAAAGGAUCUUCCGGCAACUCUCAGCCGUGGUGCCCACUCAUUAGGAGCAGCUCACGCUCUCGGGAAACGUUCUUCUGGUGCUGUUCUCAGCACGAGUGCCGACUCCAUUGGUCUCGCCUUGACGGAUGACUCGAGCCCGCAGUCCAGCCCAACCGCUGAGGAACCAAUGACACCACCUACCACACCGCCUGCUAGCGAACCCCAUCUCCCUAUUCACAGUCCCAGACUCCGCACUGAGAAUCCAUGGAAGAAGAUGGGUAUGAAGCUGGGCUUCAAGAAGCGCUCCAAUGGUGGUGGCAACUCCCGGGAUCCCAGGAUCCUAGGUCUAGACGACUAA